AUGUCCAUCCGAUUGAUCGAGGUCGAGACUCUACGUCUCAAAUCUUUCAAUAGCAGCAAACCACCUCCAUACGCCAUUCUCUCACAUACUUGGGUAGAAGACGAAGAACAAAUCGCUGAGAAUCCUAGCCAUCCGGCCACGCGGACAUCUGGGUACUACAAGAUCCAAAAGACUUGCUGUCAGGCCUGGGAACACGGACUUGAAUAUGCCUGGGUCGACACUUGUUGCAUCGACAAAAGUAGCAGCGCCGAACUAAGCGAAGCUAUCAACUCAAUGUUUCGCUGGUACCGGAAUGCGGCAGUAUGCUUUGCAUACUUAAGCGACUACCGCUUCCUCGACUCCAGUCACUUGAGGAAAAUGCGAGAAUGCAAGUGGUUCACUCGUGGCUGGUGUCUUCAAGAGUUGAUAGCCCCAAAACAUUUGAUAUUCUACGACCGGGCGUGGAGAGCCUUCGGCUCAAGACAUGAUCUGCAGGAUUUAGUUGCGUCAAUCACCCUGAUAGACAAGGGUGUUCUUGAGGACCACACGAUCAUGUACUCAUUACCCGUUGCACGGAAAAUGUCUUGGGCGUCAAGUCGAAUCACCACUCGCGUCGAAGACAUUGCAUAUUGCCUCCUUGGCAUAUUUGACAUACACAUGCCCAUGUUGUAUGGCGAAGGCGAGAGAGCAUUUUUAAGACUUCAAGAGGAGAUCAUCCGACAGUUCAACGAUAUGUCAAUCUUCUUGUUCUCUCCAAAAGCAUCGGAGAUGACGUCUAUGUCUUCACCAGAAAUCAGUCAAACAUAUGAGCAAAGCAGCACGAACUAUGAUUCAGCUGAUUCAACGUCCGCUGAAUACCUUGGAGACUUGAUGAGUUUCCAAUUCUGUGGCAUGUUCGCCACGUCGCCGGUAGAUUUUGGUACUUGCAGAGAUGUUGUGCACAGGCCCGGAUCCAGGGCCCCUUUCGACAGACAAGCAUUCGCCGUGACAAAUCGAGGCAUUCAACUUGGCAGACAAGAACUCCAUUGCAUCCAAGGGAAAAACUGCUUCAUAUGGGAGACUUCCUUCUGCCACUCCAACUCCACGGAUUCUAUGGUAACCGGGGCUAUCUUCCUUCGAAAAAUUGGGCGCAACCUUUUCGCCAGAGUACUGCUACUUCCUCUGACACCAGCAGACGUGGGCUCACAUACCUUGCACAACGACGCCUGCGUCCUUCUCUACAUGACUCCAUCAAUUCACCGUCAGAUUUGCAAUGCUCUGGAGGCAGUAUUGCGUAUUCAGGUCAAAGGCUGUUUUGCGCAUAGGGCGUUGCUUUCUGAGCCAACUCCGAUGGAUAACUGGGACGAAUCCGGGAAACUAUUCUUGAUUCAAGAUUACCAUUCUGUGGUCAGGCCUUUUAUGGGAUCUAUUCGAAUCAGUCCCGUGAGUAGGAGAGGAAAGAAGCUUCUUUCCGAAGGAGAGAAAGUCCUCCGGACUUCUUUCUGCAGAUCAUGA